GCCGACGAGUGCACGUACACGUUUGUCGCGUUCCGAACACGACCGCUAAUACCGCGACUUCGACGAUACCUUGUGAUAUUUGGAUUGUUACGAUUUUUAAGUGCAUUGUGAUUACGUUUUAUGAACUAUUUUUGAAGACUUUCUUUAAGUGUUUGUGAAUAUUGUGCAAGAUGCUCGUGGAGGACUCUCAGACUACUCGGGCUCUCAUGACCAAGAAGUACGCACAUUGUCCGCUGAAGAAGCGACCUGUGCUGGUUCGGGAGGAGCGGCCAGCGACACCGCCCACUACACCGCCUCACCCCGCCCACCUGGCCACGCGACUGUACUACGAUUAUCAUUGUGAUACAGAAAACGAUGAACCCCAAAAUCUUAGCACAAAACCAGAAGACCUUUCUAAAACUGGCAACUACCCAAGUAAAGCGUCUUCUCCGGUUUCAACGACAGCAGUAAAGGUGGAACCUCGCGAGUGGCCCCAACAACAACUUGAAUAUUUGGCUGCGUGCCGCGCUCGCCUAGAACCUGCGCCAGCCGAACUGGCACGCCCUACACCACAGUACGCCUACCUACCACCCAUCUACGCACCCUACCCCCUGGAAGAGUUAUACCCAGCAGCUCCUUCACUAUCCCCACCGGCGCACCCGCAACUCUACGCUCACCAUUAUUCCCCCGCCUCACCACCGUCAUCAGUGUCACCACCACCUUGUCCAGAAGACUUACGCUCACCUGGCUCGGUCUCCUCCGACUCUGGAAUAUCCGUGUCAGCACCUCGUCGCCCUCGUUACCAAUGUCCAGAUUGUGCUAAGUCCUAUUCAACAUACUCUGGACUAUCCAAACAUCAACAAUACCACUGCGCGGCGGCUGAGGGAAGUCUUGCAAGGAAAUCAUUCAGUUGUAAAUAUUGUGCUAAAGUGUACACAUCUCUUGGAGCUCUUAAGAUGCACAUUCGGACUCACACACUGCCUUGUAAAUGUCACCUCUGCGGCAAAGCAUUCUCCAGACCGUGGCUGUUGCAGGGUCACAUCCGCACCCAUACAGGGGAAAAGCCAUUCUCUUGCCACCAUUGUCGCCGCGCUUUCGCCGACAGAUCGAACUUGCGCGCUCACCUGCAAACUCACUCAGACGUUAAAAAGUAUUCCUGCUCGGGAUGUGGAAAAACAUUCUCUCGCAUGUCUUUGCUAAGCAAGCACUUAGAGGGAGGGUGUGGAGUGCCCGGCGCAUCCCCGUACGAAUACCGACCGGAGGCUAUGCCCACAUCACACCAGCCCCUUCCUCCAUCAGCUCCCGUACAUGCCUAUUGAAAAGACUGAGCCUCGCAGGAUCCUCGAUCUCUUAUUUAGCUGUAUCACUUUGUAAUUGUUAGCAUUUGCUUACAGACGCUCUAGUAGAAUAAGUAUUUAAUUAAAUUAUUUUUGUAAAUGUUUUAAAUCUCAACUGUGUGUAAAUUUGUAUUUUGUCGUUUGAUGUUUAGGGGACCAAUGUAAAUUUAGACUUUAGUAAGUUAGAUAAGUUAUUCUAAGUUUAUAUUCAGUCGCGUAAACCGUGACUUUGCUAGUCAUAUGGCAUUUGCCGAGUGUCAUACACUUACUAAAAUUAUAUUUGUAUCCUAAGCCAUGUACAAAGUGCCUUAAGUAUAAAUGAUUAAUAUAUUCUGAAGAAAAGUAUAACAUUAUGCUAUUAUUUUAAUGUACUCUAUUAAAAUAAUACUUAUAAAUGAGGCUAUAGUUAUGCCGAUGGUCGAAUUGCGUUCCUUUCUGUUACCUCUAUAUGCAGAAAAUUAAACAU